AUGCAUGAAAAUCAAGGCUGUCCUCCUUCCCUAUCCAACCAGGGAAAGCUCCGCCUACCAAAAAAGAAAUCGGAACUGGUAGACUGUCUACUAGCGGAUGGCACAGCUGCACAAUCUACUAGGGAGACUGUCAAUGUUACCAUAAUCGAUGGGGCUGUAGCUGUCAAUAUGAUCAGACCAAGCAAAGAGACAACAUUUGAAGAUUACGCUUUGAAAUCCUUCCUACCGUACAUAGAAACACAAUCCAGACUUGUUGACCGAAUAGAUGUUGUGUGGGACGUUUACGUUCAAAACAGCCUGAAACAUACAACCAGAUGCAACCGAGGGGCUGGUGUUCGACGUCGUAUCUCUGCAAGCAGUCCUAUUCCUCGCAAUUGGGGUGAAUUUCUUCGUGUGGAUGAGAACAAAACCCAACUUUUAAAGUUUCUGGCAGAGUAUUUAUCUAACCACAACAUGGAGAAGCAAGUCAUUACGACAGUCGGAAACCAAGUGCUCAGUACAGCAUGA